UUCUGUGACGAACACAGAGCAGAGGAUAUAAACUAAGAAAAGUGACCAGUGUUAAAGUGAAAGUCAACCUGAAUAACAAACAGGCCAACAUGGCUUUACUGUGUUACAACAGAGGCUGCGGGGGUCGAUUUGACGCUGACAAAAACUCAGAUGAUGCCUGUCAGUUUCACCCCGGAGUGCCAAUCUUCCACGAUGCCUUAAAGGGCUGGUCCUGCUGUAAAAAGAGGACGACAGAUUUCUCAGAGUUCUUGUCAAUCAAGGGUUGCACUCGCGGGCGACAUAGUAACGAGAAACCUCAGGAGCCUCUGCAGCCAGAGGUGACGUCUGAGAAGGGAGACGUGAAGCAGCACAGUGGAAAGGAAAUUAUCUACCAGGGACCCAAAUCUGCAGAAGCCCUGGAAAAAGAGAGACCCAGCUCAGAUGAGCCACAGACAAAGCUGCAGGUGAAGAUCUCUUCCUCUCUGGCUCAGAUCAUGGAGAAAAUGGAGAUCACUGAGAGGGAGAAGAGAGAGAAGCUAGAGAGUCAAGCCAUAGUGGUUGGGGUUAAGUGCAAGAACACAGGAUGCAAAACAAUUUACCAGAGUCCAGAGACGAAUGCAGAGAGCUGCACAUAUCAUCCCGGGGUCCCCGUCUUCCAUGAAGGAUACAAAUACUGGAACUGCUGCUGCAUAAAAACCACUGACUUCAACGCCUUCCUGGAUCAGAAGGGCUGCACAACAGGAAAACACUGCUGGAUCCCCAAACAGGACAAAAAGAAGGUGGCUUGCAGGCAUGAUUGGCACCAGACGGGAAACCAGGUCGUGGUCACAAUCUACGCCAAGAACGCCAGUCCAGAGCAAUCCUACGUGGAGGCAAACCGCACAGUGUUAACAUGCCACAUUCAGUUUGAGGGUGACAAAGUGUUUCAUAAGGACAUCCACUUAUGGGGGGUGAUUGAUGUGAAGAGCAGUUUUGUGAACAUGGUGCCCUCUAAGGUUGAGGUGACCAUGCGGAAGGCUGAUGCUGUAGCCUGGGGGAAACUUGAGGACCCCAAACACAAACCCGAGCCAGAGGUCACCGAUGAGAUGAACACAGAACAGGAAGACGUCAAACCCGACUGGUACAUCUCAGAUGAUGACAUCAGUGAGUCUGACUUUGAAGAUGAAGAGGAGGACAAGAAAGAGAGUGAGGACAAAAAAGAAGAAAAUCAGGCAGGUGAUGGACCACCUGCGCUUGAAGAGCCUGUUGCUGUCCCCCCAGAAAAAUGAACAUUUAUUCUGAGGCGUAA